GGUUUCCAUGGAGCUACCUGUAAACAAAUCACAGGUCACCUAUGACCUCUGAGGACUGUCUGCCAGUGAAUAGAGGAGCCAGUUUGGUGAGAAGAUCAGUCAAGGACAACCAUUUAUCCUGCUCCAUUGUAACAUGGAUUAUUGUUAUUCCUUCCCACCCUUGCCCUGACCAUGUCAGAAAAUCUCCAAAGCACACCUUUCUGUGGGACAGAAAGUGAUCUGCCAUCCCCUCUGCCUGUACUGAAUAACUCCCCACCCUCAAGAACAGUGUGCAGCUACUCCAGUGUCUCCAUCCCAGCCGUGAGUUCAGCAUGGCUCCUCCCAUCAGCAUCCAGCACUUCUCUACAGCCACUCAUGGGCAGUACCUACCUUAACCCACAUGGUAGCACGACUAUGCUGACAGUGCUGACUGACCAGAGCCAGGUCUCCAACUCCACACUCUCCUGUCCAGUGGUGGAACUGGAGACAUCCCUGGGAUUGUCACCUUCAGGCCAAACACUUUGUCUGCUGCAGAGUCCAGAAUUCUACAUCACUUGCACCCAGGUUUCCCAGAGGAAGACACCAUCUCUUGAUGGGGAAAGGCCAUUAACAACACCUAUCCAUAGUCCUUCAGAAUUCCUGGCCUUGCCUCCGGCUCCAAGCUCAGAACAAACAGAUAUUAAAAACAUGGAUGACAUGGAAGUUGAACACUUGAUGCCUCAGGAGGCCUAUGAGGGCACAAAAGAAAACCAAGACCCAACACUCCUUCCUUUAGCACCCCCUGACUUGCAGCAGCCUCUGCACUGCACUGACACUGGGAGCCUAAGACAGAAAUCUGCUUCUGAAAAUGCCAGCUUGGGAGGUAUCAGUUUGGGUCUGGAAGAGAAAGGAACAGUGGACAGUCUGAUGGUGUCCACUAUUGACUUUGCAGAUAUCACUACACUGGUAGCAGAUAUUCACCUUCCCCAACUCUUUAACUUCCUCACAGGCCUAGAUCAAUUCCAAGAUACCACAGCAACUGAAUCCAACGUCAUCUGGAGGGACCAGGCCCAAGAAAACUCCAGAGUCAUCAAUGGGCCUUCUGACCAGGUGAAGAAGAAAGACCAUGAAGCCCCUGAGCUGACUGAUGGAGCUCCUCAGGCCAAAAUCCCAAACUGGGAUCCGGUGGAGGGAGAGGGGGUUAUAGCCAGCGUUGGGGUCAGUGACAGGGCUAUUGACAACAUGGCAAAGGACUCGGAGGGCAGAGCUCCCAAAGUGUCACCCAUCAGGCCCAUCCGAGCUAGGGGACAGGGACAAGACAAGACCAAAUGGACAAGAGAAAAUAAUUCCAAGAAAACAGAAGAACCUAAGCAGUCAAGGAACAGAGUCAAAGCUGAAGAGAAGCCCACCGUCCCCAAGACCAAGAUAAAGAGGGAUCCCCCUGAGCUCAGCCGCACCAGCUUUAAGAAGCCUCGAACCCACCUUGGCAUGCACAUGCUGGAGUCCGUGCAGGUCUUCCACCCACUGGGGAAGAAGAGUGAGAAGAAACCUGGCGUUGCUUCUUCCCGGGCUCUGGGAACUUUUAGCAACAACAAAUACCCUGGGCCAGGCCCAGCAACAACAGCAGUACAGGAUAUGCUACAUGAGUGCCAGGGCCCUGACAAAACUCCAGGCAAGGCUCAGAGCUCAGAGACCAGUGCUUUCAAGGAGUGUCCAUCCCAGUCCCAGUACGAGCUGCCACCAGCUGGGAAGGUCAGAUUAGUACCUUUGCCUUUCCCAACCUUGGACCAGCCUCAAACCAGACCUGGUUCUAGAAAGCCUCUUUCCCUGUCUUCACACAGGCCCACUGUAGCUUACUCGGAGAGGUGUCAUUUCCAAUCAGCUCAUCUUACCUCAAUCAGGCCAUCCCAACCACCUCCUGUUAGCAAAUCUUUGAUGGUUUCUGCCAAGCCAGCUCUGCCAUUUUCUUCCAGUGUCACACAACCUAAUGUAACCAACAUUAUCCAAAUUAGCACUGUGCCUCAGUCAGGCACCUUGAGGCCUACACCCUAUAGAGCAUCAUCUCAGUCUUCCCUCCAGAGGGAGCUUCUUUCUGCUGCCAAGAACAAGGUACCAUCGCCUUCUGAACCCCAGACUCAAUAUCUGCUGCAAGACUUCAGCCGUCAACCAAUUCCAUGGAGAAAAGUUGACAUUCUGGGACCAGUAGUCUCACAGCCCAUCACAAAAGAGCAGAGGCCAGAGAGGGAGGCCAUGAAGAGGAGGGCUCAACAGGAACGAGAGAAUGCCGCCAAGUCCACCUCUCCUGGGAAACUGCAGCUUUUCCUUCAGAGAGAGAAAGACAUGGAAAUUUCUCGAUACUAUGGCUAUGCAAUGUAAGAGCUGCCCAGAUCUUUGUGACAAAUUGUUCUUUAGUGUGAACAAGGCUAAAUAUAGACAUCGAUACAUAUGUA